UCAUGGGGCCCCCGGGCAAUAGGGGAUCAAGGGGCCCCUGUGUUCUUGCCCAAACUCAAAAAAGCCUAUGAAAAAGGUACCAGGGGCAUCUCAUGGUGCCCCCUACUGACCCCGGGCCCUCGGGCAGUGCCCAAGUUUCCAAACGGUCAGUCCACCCCUGGGCAUGCUCCUUUCUCUCUCUCUAUGCACAGCAGAGUGAGGGAAAGCAGCAUGUCUCCCUGGUAAAACAGCACACAGUGGAAGCAGAACACAGCACACAAUGUUAACUCCUUCCUGCCCAGUGUCAUUAGUACAGUGUUAGUGCUUUUUAUUAGCACUGAUCACUGUAUUAGUGUCACU